AUGCAAAGUUUUUCAGCAAAGACUCUUAGAACUGGAACUGACAACGGAGAAGUCCUCCCUGAAUCCAUCCCAUCAGCUCCAGGGACACUGCCUCAUUUCAUAGAGGAGCCAGACGAUGCUUAUAUCAUCAAGAGCAAUCCCAUUGCCCUGAGAUGCAAAGCAAGGCCAGCCAUGCAAAUAUUCUUCAAAUGCAAUGGCGAGUGGGUCCAUCAAAAUGAGCAUGUCUCUGAGGAGAGUCUGGAUGAGAGUUCAGGCUUGAAGGUCCGGGAGGUGUUUAUCAACGUCACCAGGCAGCAGGUGGAGGACUUCCACGGGCCAGAAGACUAUUGGUGCCAGUGUGUGGCCUGGAGCCACCUGGGGACCUCCAAGAGCAGGAAGGCCUCUGUGCGCAUAGCCUAUUUACGGAAGAACUUCGAACAAGACCCACAGGGAAGGGAGGUUCCCAUCGAAGGCAUGAUUGUGCUGCACUGCCGGCCGCCGGAGGGAGUUCCCGCUGCCGAGGUGGAAUGGCUGAAAAAUGAGGAGCCCAUUGACUCAGAACAAGAUGAGAACAUUGACACCAGGGCUGACCAUAACCUGAUCAUCAGGCAGGCGCGGCUCUCAGACUCCGGGAAUUACACCUGCAUGGCAGCCAACAUCGUGGCCAAGAGGAGGAGCCUGUCCGCCACAGUGGUAGUUUAUGUGAAUGGAGGCUGGUCUUCCUGGACAGAGUGGUCAGCCUGCAAUGUUCGCUGUGGUAGAGGAUGGCAGAAACGUUCCCGGACCUGUACCAACCCAGCUCCUCUCAAUGGUGGGGCCUUUUGUGAGGGAAUGUCAGUGCAGAAAAUUACCUGCACUUCUCUUUGUCCUGUGGACGGGAGCUGGGAAGUGUGGAGCGAAUGGUCAGUCUGCAGCCCAGAGUGUGAGCAUCUUCGGAUCCGGGAGUGCACAGCACCACCCCCAAGGAAUGGGGGCAAAUUCUGUGAAGGGCUGAGCCAGGAAUCUGAAAACUGCACAGAUGGUCUCUGCAUUCUAGAUAAAAAACCUCUUCAUGAGAUAAAACCCCAAAGAUGGAGUAGGAGAGGCAUUGAGAAUGCCAGCGACAUUGCUUUGUACUCGGGCUUGGGUGCUGCAGUCGUGGCUGUUGCAGUCCUCGUCAUUGGUGUCACCCUUUAUAGACGGAGCCAGAGUGACUAUGGUGUGGACGUCAUUGACUCUUCUGCAUUGACAGGUGGCUUCCAGACCUUCAACUUCAAAACAGUCCGUCAAGGUAACUCCCUGCUCCUGAAUUCCUCCAUGCAGCCAGACCUGACCGUGAGUCGAACAUACAGCGGACCCAUCUGUCUACAGGACCCUCUGGACAAGGAACUCAUGACCGAGUCUUCACUCUUCAACCCUUUGUCAGACAUCAAAGUCAAAGUUCAGAGCUCAUUCAUGGUUUCGCUGGGAGUGUCUGAGAGAGCUGAGUACCAUGGCAAGAACCAUUCUGGGACCUUUCCCCAUGGAAACAACCGCAGCUUCAGCACAGUGCAUCCCAGAAAUAAAACACCCUACCUCCAAAAUCUGUCAUCGCUCCCCACAAGGACGGAACUGAGGACAACUGGUGUCUUUGGCCAUUUAGGAGGACGCUUAGUAAUGCCAAAUACAGGGGUGAGUUUACUCAUACCACAUGGCGCCAUCCCAGAGGAGAAUUCUUGGGAGAUUUAUAUGUCCAUCAACCAAGGUGAACCCAGCCUCCAGUCCGAUGGAUCCGAGGUGCUCCUGAGUCCGGAAGUCACCUGUGGUCCCCCAGACAUGAUCGUCACCACGCCCUUUGCAUUGACCAUACCACACUGUGCAGACGUCAGUUCUGAGCACUGGAAUAUCCAUUUAAAGAAGAGGACACAGCAGGGCACGUGGGAGGAGGUGAUGUCAGUGGAGGAUGAAUCCACAUCCUGUUACUGCCUGUUGGACCCCUUUGCAUGUCAUGUGCUCCUAGACAGCUUUGGGACAUAUGCCCUCACUGGAGAACCAAUCACAGACUGUGCCGUGAAGCAACUCAAGGUGGCGGUUUUCGGCUGCAUGUCCUGCAACUCCCUGGAUUACAACCUGAGAGUCUACUGUGUGGACAAUACCCCUUGUGCAUUUCAGGAAGUGGUGUCAGAUGAAAGGCAUCAAGGUGGACAGCUACUGGAAGAACCAAAGUUGCUGCAUUUCAAAGGGAAUACCUUUAGUCUUCAGAUCUCUGUCCUUGAUAUCCCCCCAUUCCUCUGGAGAAUUAAACCAUUCACUGCUUGCCAGGAAGUCCCAUUCUCCCGCGUGUGGUGCAGCAACCGGCAGCCCCUGCACUGUGCCUUCUCCCUGGAGCGCUACACGCCCACCACCACCCAGCUGUCCUGCAAAAUCUGCAUCCGGCAGCUCAAAGGCCAUGAACAGAUCCUCCAAGUGCAGACAUCAAUCCUAGAGAGUGAAAGAGAAACCAUCACUUUCUUUGCACAAGAGGACAGCACUUUCCCUGCACAGACUGGCCCCAGAGCCUUCAAAAUCCCCUACUCCAUCAGACAGCGGAUCUGUGCUACAUUUGACACCCCCAAUGCCAAAGGCAAGGACUGGCAGAUGUUAGCACAGAAAAACAGCAUCAACAGGAAUUUAUCUUAUUUUGCUACACAAAGUAGCCCAUCUGCUGUCAUUUUGAACCUGUGGGAAGCUCGGCAUCAGCAUGAUGGUGACCUUGACUCCCUGGCCUGUGCCCUUGAAGAGAUUGGGAGGACACACACGAAACUCUCAAACAUUACGGAAUCCCAGCUUGAUGAAGCCGACUUCAACUACAGCAGGCAAAAUGGACUCUAGUCCACUUCCUCUCAAGAGACAGAGUGACGGUCAGCUUCGGGACACAUGCUUUAAAUGGAAGAAGGAGGCAGCUUUCUGCCAGUGGUAUUUGGGGAAUUCAGCCUUCAUUUAUAACCAGUGAGAAUCUCUGGUUGAAGAAACUGAAUUUAAUAUAGGUAAAAUAUAUUAGUAGGGAAAAGUACAAGCUCUCUUAAACAAAAGAGGGCUCUGCUGUCCUCUGAAUCCAUACUUGGGUUAACACUUGAUGAACUUCUCAGACUUAAGAUGGUAAAGGAUAAAAGUGAGGGCAUAACUAGACUGAAGUAAUUGGUAAAAGAUGAGCUACAAUAAAGGCAGAGAAUAAGUGCAUGUAUUGAAACAGGUUUUUAAUGAUGUGCCCCUAAAGGACCAGCUGAUUCUGGUACCAGAUUAUCAAGAUAUUUCUAUUACCUGGCAUCUGUGAUGUUGGCAAUCUUAGUAAAACUGGCUUUCAGAAGUGAAACAGGGUUACCAACUCAUUUGUAUGACUCGAACAACAUCAAGGAGGGCAUUUAGAAUUUAGAACCUGAGUACAUCACACCAGCACCAACCAACCACUUAUCUAUCCUAGCCACUAAAUGGAAACAAGAUCUAGAGAGGUAAGAUAGACCACAAAUGAGUUUUGGCAGUUUACCCCACCUUCAUUUUCUUCAAAUCUACCCACAUUUCCCUUCCUUACCCAUUAUAGUAGAGGGGUUUCAAGCAGCAUAGACUUUUCAAUGUAGAAAUUUCCUUCUCCUAACUCAACAAAGAGGACUAUCUCUAUUCCCAGCUAAGCCAUUCAAAUUGCAGAAUGUUAGUAGUACACAGCUUAUCACAUGGAUUUAGAGACAGAAGAGGUUAAAUUAGACCCAAGGAAACAUGAACUGCAGAUGCCACAGUCCUCAAAUAAGCUGUAAUUUGAGGGUGCAGGUGUUUAUCCACGUCCCCAACAUUGUUAUUCUACAGGAAUAAGGGGGUUUUACUGUAUUUUCCAAUCCAGUUCUUGACAUUUUCUAGCCUUUUGGGACUAUGUUAUCACCAGAUCGCUCCAUAGGGCUAUAAUUCCCCCUCCUUUUGCCUCUUGGGAAAUUAGCAGAUAGCCUUUGCUCUAAAUGAUAUCUGAGUAAAUAGACCUCUACCACAAUGUCCUAGAAACCAUAUGCAUUGUUCGGGGAGCUUUCAAGCUCUGAUAACUUGACCUCACCGAGGAUGCUUUCUCUGUGGCACCAUUAACAUGCUGCUUUAUGUUUUAAGUAAGAGGCAAUGAUACCGUGGAAAAUUGAAAUCCACAGGUAAUUCAUGACCCCCGUCGUCACACUUUACUCCAUCUUUGAUCCUAUUUAAUCGUUUCUGACAAGAUGUCAGGGUAGACUAAAGCUGAAACGCUCUGCUCCUGCUCAUCUUCUGGUGGAUGUGUUAAUUAGCUGUCCACAACCAAGGCCCUAGAUUAACCACAAGGCUGAUCAGUUACCUAGAGGUUGGCUACAUAGGAAUAAAAUAAAAAUAGUCAGGAAAUGGGGGAGGUGGGGAGUACCUGGCAUUGGGGAUAUGAGCAAUUUUUUUAACAAUGUUUUUGUAGAUCCCAUGUUUUAUAAAAAAAAAAUGUGGUGAAUCUCCACCUAAGGGAAAAGACCUAAAGAUAGGAUGAAUUUAUGAUACCAUGGGUAAGGGGCUGGAGAACCCCUGGAGGUGUUGGCCAUUUCUUUAACUAAUAUGUGGUAUAUAGGGUAUGGUUCCCUAUAUCUGAUAGAAGCCUCUGCUACGUGAAAUUCAAAAGCAUCUUGCUUUUCUCAGGAACCAAAGGCAUAUUACAUAGAACAAACAAAUCCUCUUAGAACUAUCAAGCAUAUUUUCAAAAUGCCAUAUCGAGAUCACAGAAACAUCAUUUUGCUAGUGUUUAUUCCUUCUAGGGAACAACAGAGAGAAAGCAUGAACAUAUAAAUCAUUUGACAUCCCUGAUAUAAUUUCUGAAAGAGAAAGAAGUGGAAGUAUAUGGUCAAUCACCCAAAGUAAACUUGAGAUUAACUGGCCUGGGUGAUAUGCAGAAAGAACCCGCAUUAACUGUUGAAUAAUUAGAAGACACGUUAUAAAGAUUAUGUUAGUAUCCCUCUUGGAGGAUUUUUGUUUUAAACCAUCCUACCCUUAUUUCCUCUUCCCUCUAAUUGGCCUCAUAAUUGUUUUAUCUAUUCUGUGAAUCCACAAAGAUCCUUUUUAGAUUUUUGAUAAAUUUCUUAUACUUUAAAAAACAGAUGGAAAAGUUUAAUGUUUUCUCUAGAAUCUAUCUAGUUUAUUUUUAGAGGUUGUUAUCUACCCCUGAAUGUUUGGAAUUUCCUCCAUGGACUUUUUCUUUUUAUUUGGGUUUUAUAAAUGCACUUCACCAUCAUAUCAUAUUGAGUAACAAUUGAAGCAAUUUACAAUGAUUCACCUCUGAUAUCAGCCCAAGAUUCAAAUCCAUAUUUCAGCCCAUUUUGUUCCCUCCUUACAUUUCUCUUAAUUCUGCUAGGAUCCCACAUACAACUUCUACAGAGAUGCAUGAAAUUCUGUGACCAUUUCAUGUCAGGAUUGUUUGAAUCCUAUUUUGCAACAGAAUUCCAAAAAGAACCCAGGCUUGUGAGAUUUACAAACCAAAGUGUGUGGGUGGGUGUGGCAGGGAGCAUAGAAUUGUAGAACAGGUGGACUGAACUGACAAACUGUGGGUACUCACUGUGACCCAAACCCUUGAAUAUUUGCCUGUCAAUACAAAUUUCCCUCUUGAAAGAGAUUUACUUGUCAUUCCAAGCCCUUACUUUAUAAGUGUUACUGUCCUAAUGCGAAAUGAAUCAAGAAAUUAAAAGUGCCCUUUAAUACUUGGUAGGCUACUUAAAGUUUUUACAAAAUAGCCUACUUAAUGCCAAGUCUUUUUGUCCUCAAAGGUAUUUACGUCUAAUAAUCAUGCUUUAAACUUGACUUAAAAUCAUGCCACCAAAAUGGUACACUUCACGGCUUCACCAGACUGCAGCACCAUCAAGUUAAUUUACAAUUUUUACAACAUUGCUUGUGCAGUCUUUGUAGUUUACACUAAAAUCCUUUAAGCCAAAAAAAGGAAGCUCACUCUAUGGAUUUAAAUGCAAACUUCAUUUACUGAUGCAGAAAGUCUCAUAAAACUCAGAUGUACUCUCACAAAAAUUUUAUUGGCCUUUUUGUAAGACAUGAACAGGAAUUGACACAGUUCUCUUUAAAGAGGGGAACUUUUCUCUAUUUUUUAUUAUUUUUAUCUUCAACUGCAAUGUUAUCCUUUGCCAUGUCCCUCUGUUUUUUUUGUGGUUUUUUUUUUCAGUUGACUUUGAGAGGGGAUAUUAAGUUAGGUGAUUAAAACAGGGUUCUUUUUGGAUUAAAAGUUCUGGAUUUAUUGCAACUACUUUCCUUAAAAGACAUUCUCAACAUCAGGAUUUGAUAAGCAAAGGUAGAAUGUUAUAAUGGCAUAAUUGGUUUUGGAUAGUAUUCUCCACUUGCCAAACUUCUGGCAAAUCCACCUGUGAAUUUCAAAAUGUCAUAAAAUCUUUUGAUGUGCUUUUGUCUUUCUUUUUUGCCAUUUUUCUCUUGAAUUUCUUAGUCCCUCUGUAAAGGUGUUUAAUAAUAUAGUUAACAGAUGUGUUGAAGGUGACAUUCUCUCAGAAGUCUUUGUUCCAGAUCUGUGAAGGUCACAGGAACCAUGAAGGAGCUGAGAGAUGUGCUUCUCUGGCCCACUGUGUGGCAAUUUUCAUUCAUUUUCCUCAUGAAACAUUGCAAAGUUCUGAAUCCUUAGUAACUCCCAUCGACUGGACCAGAGUCCACAUCCAUAGCAAAUGGGAGAGCAAACUGUGUCGGACAGAUAGCGACAAAAUUUUAUUAGCACUUGGGUGUUAGUGGCCAUAGCUCUGUAUUUGAAAAUUGAUGCUUUAGCCAAAAGCUGAAUGACCACUGUUUCCGCAGUUUCCACUGUUUUGUCUGCAUAGAAUUUUCCUGAACUACACGCAAAAAUGUAUUUUGUCAAAUGUCACAAAGUGAAAAUGUUGCUGAUUUUAGACGUGUUGCAUAUUCUGUGUUUUUACUUUCCAAACUCUUUCAAAAGCUGCAGUUAUAAAGCUGUUUGGCUGUAUUGACAGCAUGUGGUGUUUUUUGCAAAAGCAGUUCUAGGAGAGCCAGUGUCUACCAUGGACUCCUCACAUCCCCACUCCAGGGUUGUCCACAAAAACCAAAAUGGCAAUUUGUAUGCUGUCGUUUUCAAAAAGCAAAAGGGGAUGAAAACCAGACCUGGCCAUUAGUCACUAGUGUGUAGUACUGUGAUCUGAAGUAGGAAAUUUAACUCAAGUAGAAUAAUUGUGGUUUUUGAAGCAGCUACUUUGCUUUUUUCCUUUUGCUGUGAAGAUCAUGGAUUUGGAAUGUCCUCAUGAGGUGGGCCUAAGACAAUAACAUAAAACUUCAUGUCUUAGAGCCCACCCUUCAUCUGAACCCAAAGAUUAAAAUAGGCAGUAAGCUUCAUAUUUAAGCCUGAGUUUAAAAAUGUCCUCUCCCACCCCUAAUAUUGAGUUUGUCAGGGGGUAUAUGUCUUUUUUUUCUUUCUCCCCCACCCAAAAAAAAGUUAUAGCCCUGAAUUAUAAAAUAUGUUACUAAAUUUGAUAAUGUAAUUCUUUGCAUGAAUGGAAAUGUAUGUUAAAUACUCUUACAAAAGGCAUGAUUCUAAUGAAAAUGUCCUUUUGCCUCAAAUUUUGCUAAGCCCAAAAUGUAUUUCACUAUUUCAGACAUAUACAUACAAAUUCCAAAAUUA